UGGAGGAGGCUGCUCUUAGGCUUCGAGCAGCUUGGUCGGCGGCGCCGAUCGGGGGAUCGGAUCGGGAUCGGGAUCGGGAUCGGGAUCGGGAUCGGGAUCAGGAUCAGGAUGAUGAAGCGGCCCGGGCAGAGGCACCUUCUCCUUCUUUUCACGGCGGCGACCCUGUGUUGUCCAGCCUUGGGCGGUGGCUCAGUCUAUACUUCUGAAAAAGAAGUUAAAGUAGACGAGAAUCAACCUGCCACACUGUCCUGUUACUACUCGGGCUUCUCCUCACCCCGAGUGGAGUGGAAAUUUGUUCAGGGAAGCACGACCAGCCUGGUGUGUUAUGACAGCAAGAUUACUGCUUCCUACCAAGGCCGGGUAGUCUUCUCCCAGACUGGCAUUUCUUUCCAUUCUGUGACCCGCAAGGACACAGGGAUAUAUACAUGUAUGGUCACUGAGAAUGGUGGAGAGGACUAUGGAGAGAUCAGCGUGCAUCUCCUUGUGUUAGUGCCACCAUCAAAACCUUCAGUCAACAUUCCAUCUUCAGGCACCAUUGGGCAUCGAGUUGUGCUGACCUGCUCUGAGGAAAAUGGUUCUCCACCCCCUCAGUACCAGUGGUUCAGGGAUGGGGUUCUGAUGCCUGAAGAUCCCAAGAAGAGCCGUGUCUUCACCAAUUCUUCCUAUACCAUAAACUCUAAGACAGGGGAACUGGUGUUUAACCCUCUGUCAGCUUAUGAUACAGGGGAGUACUCCUGCCAAGUAUACAAUGGGGUUGGGACUGCCAUGCGCUCAGAAGCUAUUCGUUUGGAAGCUGCGGAACUAAAUGUAGGGGGCAUCGUGGCUGCUGUUAUUGUGACACUGAUUCUUCUUGGGCUCCUGGUUUUUGGUGUCUGGUUUGCCUACUCUCAAGGCUAUUUCAACAGAACAAGUAAAGGAAGCACCAGUAAAAAAGUAAUCUAUAGCCAGCCCUCCGCCCGCAGUGAUGGAGAUUUCCGACAGACAUCAUCAUUUUUGGUGUGACCCCAUCCUGUCUCCUCUCCUGUCUUCUCAAUUUGUCAUUUUUUGAUUCAGCUGGACUCUGACCUUCUGAUGUUUAUGAAUCUCACAGGAUGCCUCACUUAUUUUCUUAGUCCAUCUUGUUUUAGGAUUUUUUUUUUUUUUUAAUGAUGACUUUUAAAAAUAAUGAGCCAGGGCUUCUGUGUGUUUAAGAAUGAAGUGGACCAAUAAUACCCUGUCAUGCCUUCCCUUCUGUCAUCACUGAUGGGCUUGCUUGGACCAUAUUUGUGGCUUCUAAUACCAAUCUCUUUUUAGAAUCAAACAGAUUGAGUGAUGCCUGUUCCCCACCACUAACAAUUCCUUACCAGCAGGAAUGGCCAAGCUCCCAAGAGUGAAUAUCUUCCUUUAUGUGUUCUGAACUCUUGGGAUCCUGUGACGGUUGGACUUCCUCAGGAUCAGGAAGAAGCUGGGGCCUGAGGCCAGAACAGUGUUUCUCAAAUAAACUCAAGAGACUGGAGCUAUGGACUCUGAACAGUAGAUUGGUAAUGAAACAUCUCUGAUGUUUUCUGGACCCUCCUUUCAGUUCCUUAGAGAGAUACUUUUAGAGAAUCUUCAAAGUAUCUUCCUGGCUUUGGGACACUUGGCAGUUUGGCCAUUUCUGCAAGACCAACUGGAUCUUUUUGUGUGUGUAGGGGACCAAGGGCCAAAACCAAGGGAAAAACCAUGAUUACACAAUUUAAGACCUACUGAUCUACAGAAAGCAGAUCUGGGGCUGGAGAGUGAAAGCAUUAGCCUUUCAUUGACUGGGACAGAUGGGUUUGCCUUUUCAGAAAGGUGUAUGUGCUUGGGAAGCUUCAGCUCCUCGCUGAAUUACAGGGUAUAAUACAUGUUGUAUAAAUGUCAUUUUAAAUAAAAUUUUUGUUUUGUUUAA